UCCCACUCCACUGGGCCGCGAGGAAGUCGCAAGAUGGCUGAUGUCGCUUGGAAGUAACGUUCCCCUCCGCAACAUGACGCCGUGAGUGUGGAAGAAAGCGAGGGAGGCACCAUCGGGCUUUUAUUUUUAUUUUCUUUUAAGUUACUUUUCUUUUAUUUCGUCAGACAUCCAUCUCAUUCCGCGUCGUGUCCGCCUCGCGCUCGUCUUCGGGAGUUGACGCGUCAAAUCACGCCGGGGACCCUGCCAGCUAGCUCCACGGCUAGCCCCACAGUUAGCCUCGAUGUUAGUGCAGCUAGCUCCUUUUUAGUUUGUUUUGUUUUUUGUUAAAUUGAUCCUGUGACACCCGCGAGCCAGCCGCGAACCACGCGCUCAGGUGUGCCCGAGGUAGUGCAGAGUAAAUGUGGGUGAAUAUUUCCGCUGUCAGGAGAGAAAUAACCGUUUUUUUUGUUGUAAGCGAGCUGCUCGGUUCAACAUCAUGUCCGCGGACUGGCCGUCCAGCCUGUGGGUUGCUAACUAAUGCGCAGUACCGCCUCGGUUUCAUGUGCACGGAACCAGCAGGAUCAUCGUUCGAGCGGUAAGACCCAACAACCCGGCUGCGUUCACACCGACGGUACAUCCAUCGCGGGGCUGGUUGAGUUAGAAGCCGAAUUAUGGGAGCAGGAAACACUGUAGAACUUUUUGUGGUGGUAGGAAGCCACACUGGCCUUGCUGGCAUCUAACCAGAACCCCACAGGGAUGGACACUACGCCGAGCAGCCACGACCAAAACUGAGAAGAACCUGUGUGUUUAGAAGCUCUCGGGAUCAGGCUCGCUGGCAGACGGCUGCACGGUGACUCGGUGCACAGAUCAGUUGUUCUGCAGGGGCUCGAACUCAAACUACAGGCAGUCACUACAUUUUGGAGACCAGCUAGCUUUGCCUGAAGUGCACAGCUAGCUACCGUCUCGCCCCACAUCCCAUCAUAAACACGGCGUACAGAACGUAUUCAGAGCCCGCUCCCGGACACACGCACCGGCUCAACAACACCGUCAUGGGAGUGCAGGGUUUCCAAGAGUAUUUAGAGAAGCGGUGUCCCGGGGCUGCAGUCCCGGUGGACCUCCUGAAGCUCGCCCGCACCGCGGCCCGCCAGCCCCCUCACCACCAUCACCCACACCACCACCCACAUCACCCCGGGCCCAUGCCUCCCCCGCCCCCGCCUGCACGGAUCCUAAUCGACGCUGACUCCGGCCUGCAGCGCCUGUACGGCGGCUACCAGACGGACUGGGUGUGCGGGGGCGAGUGGAACGCCAUGCUGGGCUACCUGGCCGCCCUGUCGCAGGCGUGCCUGUACCAGGGCGGCCUGGAGCUGGUCGUGGUGUUCAACGGCACACUGGGGAAGGAGCGCUGGCCCGAGUGGGCGCGGCGAGCUCAAGGCCAGCGACAGACGGCGCAGCUGAUAGUCAACCACGUCGGCAGCAAGGCCACCCCGCCUCCCCGGGCAUGGUUCCUGCCCCCGGCCUGCCUCAGCCACUGCGUCCGCCUCGCCAUGUUCCGCUUCCGAGUGCGGGUUGUACAGACGUUGGAGGACCACCACCAAGAAGUGCUGUCUCUCUACAGGGACUUUGGAUUCGCUGGCCUGAUCGCUCAGGAUUCUGAGUUCGCCCUCUGCAACGUACCCGCUUACUUCUCCUCACACGCGCUCAAACUGAGCUGGAACGGCAAGAACCUGACCACACACCAGUACCUGCUGUCUGAGGCCGCCAGGCAGCUCGGGCUCAAGACACAGCACCUGCCAUGCUUCGCUGCUCUGCUGGGAAAUCAUAUUCUGCCUGAUGAGGACCUGGCUGCCUUCCACUGGAGUCUGCUGGGACCAGAACACCCACUAGCUUCUCUCAAGGUGCGAGCCCAUCAGUUGGUGCUGCCGCCCUGUGAGGUGGUGAUCAAGGCCGUCUCUGAGUACGUCUCCUCCAUCAAAGACCUGGGAAACCUCGACGCCAUCGCCAGAGAUGUCUUCAAACAGUCACAGUCUCGUAUGGAGGACAAGGUGGAGCGAUUCAAGAAAGCUGUGGAGUAUUUCUCAGCUGCCUCCAAACCACGCUCGCCCAACAUGGGGCCCUCCUCUUUCAUCUUACCUGGGUUUGGACCCAAUCCAUUUGGGGGACCACCUGGCCACAUGGGACCGAUGCAGCCGGGAAAGAAUCAGUUCCCUCCUCCCCAGGUUCCAGGGUUAAAGCCACCCUAUCAAAAUGCUCCAUAUGGACCUGGCUCCAUCCCUCUGUUCCAGAACCCGCCACCGCCGCCAUCCCAAGACUGCAACGACUCACUGACGAACAAGAUGGGCUUCUCCGAUUGGUCGGCUCCAUAUGAUUCCACUCAGGGGGGAAAUCGAUUACCCAAUCAUCACACCAGCACUCAGUCUGGUCCCUCUCCGUCUCCUUCCUCGUCAUCGGAUGGAGACGAACCCAACGACAACAACGCAAACCAUUUGACGGACAAGCCCUCCCGGUGGGAGGAUCCUGCUGGAAGGGGGGGCUCGGCCUCUGGAGACGGUUCCCAAGGCAACGGGAGCGGGUCAAACAUUCCGUCACUGUUGUCUAUGGCGACGCGGAGUCACAUGGACAUAACCACACCCCCUUUGCCUCAGGUCAGUGCUGAGGUUCUUCGUGUAGCCGAGCACAGACACAGAAGAGGACUGAUGUACCCCCAGAUUUUCCAUAUAUUGACCAAGGGAGAGAUGAAGAUGCCAGUGUGUAUAGAGGAUGAGUGUAACUCUGAGCUGCCGCCUGCCUCUCUGCUGUUCCGUGCUGCCAGACAGUACGCGUACGGCGUCCUCUUCAGCCUGGCUGAAACACACCGCCGCCUGGAGAGACUCGCUCUCCGCAAGAGGGCUCCCCUGGAAGUUCCUCCAGUGAUUGUCAAAGAGUGGAGCAGCGGCAAAGCCAAGUCGGCCCUGACUCCGGAGCUGGUUCCAGCCCUGUGUUUCCGGGAGUGGACCUGCCCCAACCUGCGGCGGCUGUGGUUGGGUCGUGCCAGCGAGGACCGCUCCAGGAGAACCAGGGCCUUCCUGGCCUGCCUACGCUCUGACUGCCCAGCCCUCCUCAACCCAGCACAGGUCCCACAGCAUCUGCUGCUCAUGUGCUGCGUGCUCAGGUAUAUGAUGCAGUGGCCUGGGGGAAGGAUCCUCCAGAGACAUGAGCUAGAUGCCUUUCUGGCUCAGGCUGUUUCCAGCCAGCUCUACGAACCCGACCAGCUACAGGAGCUCAAGGUGGAGAAGGUGGAUGCCCGCGGUGUGCAGCUGGCUUCCCUCUUUAUGGCCGGCGUUGACACGGCGCUGUUCAUCAAUGAUGUGUGCGGCCAGCCGUUGCCAUGGGAACACUGCUGUCCCUGGGGCUUUUUUGACGGCAAACUGUUCCAGAGCAAACUGGCCCGGGCCGCCCGCGACCGAGCUGCCCUGCUGGACAUGUGCGAGGGGCAGGAGGAGCUGGUGUCCAAGGUCGAGAAGAUGCGUCAGGCAAUCCUCGAGGGCAUCAACCUGUCCCGCCCUCCUCCACCUCCCCCUCCUCUGCCACCUCCUGCCUUCCUGCCCCCCGCCAUGGUGCCCCCUUUCUACCCCAUGCCUCCACUCUACCCACCUCGCCCCAUGGGCGGUAUGCCACCUCAUCAUCACCCACAUCAUCCGCAUCACCCUGCGCAGCACAGACCCAGAGCCUUCCCAGGCAUCCAGUCCAUCCCCCCUCAGGGAGGGAAACUGGAGAUAGCCGGCAUGGUUGUCGGCCAGUGGGCUGGAAACAAACCAGUCCGUGGGAGAGGGGGGUUCAACAUGCAGGUGGUGUCAGUGGGAGCGGGGAGAGGGAGGGGUAAAGAGAUUCCAGCGAAAGUAAGGGGAGUGAAAAAGGCCCCCGCCAACCGGACACAGACGUCGUCACCCCCCCUGUCCAGCUCUCCCCCAAAGCCCUCAGAGGAGGCGGGCUCCACGCCAGAGGUUGCGACUCAGCAGCUGAACGGCAGCUCAGCAGCCUCCGCCAUCGGCCAGCCCUUGGAGCUGGCCCCCCUGGCCCAGCCAAUCCCGUGUGCCUUAGCCAGCAGAGACAACCAAUCAGAGGGGGUGGAGGUGGAGGCCCCCUGUUGCCUUGACGACUGCCCGUCAGACGGAGCACUACAGAAGGAGGAGUGAUUGCGUCCCUCCCAGGAUGCACUGCUCUGAGAGAGUUCUCUGU